AUGGAAGACGAAUCACGAAGCACUGCUGACAACACCCGAGGUUUCAUCCAACGGCAGCCACCCAGAAUCCAACCUGAAAGUACAAAGUUCCGAUCGGAAACACAUGAACGCGUAACACGCACGAAGCUCCGUCGAGAAAGAGCCAACGCGCGUGAACGGUCACGAAUGCAUGAUUUAAACUCAGCGCUCGACACACUGCGCAAACAUAUUCCUCUGUCCAACGAAUUAUAUCCAACAGUGAAGCAGAACCCAAGUGUGUCUAAAGUGACUUCGUCAGUUCGACCCGCCGGACAUUUGAAUCAAAAGCUAAGCAAGAUUGAAACUUUGCGGUUGGCGAGAAACUAUAUCAUCCUGCUGGUAUCGAUACUACGUACUAAACAAACUCCAACCACGGAACAAGUGGUCAACUGCCUAUGUAGAGGACUUUCUCAAAUCACAACCAAUCAGAUUUCUUCAGCGGUGCAAUCGAUCGGCGAUGGGUGUUGUAACCUGACACAUGUGUCAGCAGGAUCAUUUGAUAACAGUGGCACAUUGCACAUUUGUCAGUUCUUACCGAGGCCAAAUAGGGAAUCGCAUGAAUGUGGUCCUAUACCACGGCAAAACCUGGAGCUUCAGUUAACAGGUGUUGCUUCUCGUUCCGGUUUACAAGACAGUGUGAAACAAAUUGAACACUCGGCUUCAAUUACGCCAUUUUACUACUCCUGCAUAUCAACAGACGUGGCACCACAGGACACGAAAUCAGAGUUCGAACAUUUUAACCACGCCUGCAACAUGUUGCCCUACUCCGAUUUUGGCCUGCACUCUUUUGUGGAUAGUUCUCUGAAUGGUCUAUCGUACGCAAAACAUUUUAGUCAGACAACAGAUGGUACAUAUUCCCACACCAACUGA